UUUUGCUGACGCGUGAGCUAGGCAGUCAUGCCUUGGCUGCUCUCAGCCACCAAGCUGGUUCCUGCCGUAGCAAGUGCCCGCGGCCUCUCAGGAUGCAUGUCAUGUUCACAGCGAAGGUACUCCCUCCAGCCCAUUCCAGAGAGAACGAUACCAAACCGAUACUUAGGCCAGCCAAGCCCCUUUACACACCCACACCUCCUCAGACCAGGGGAGGUGACUCCAGGACUAUCUCAGGUGGAAUAUGCACUUCGCAGACACAAACUAAUGGCUCUGAUCCACAAGGAAGCACAAGGGCAGAAUGGGACAGACCAGACAGUGGUUGUGCUUUCCAACCCUACAUACUACAUGAGCAAUGAUAUCCCGUAUACUUUCCACCAAGACAACAAUUUCCUGUACCUGAGUGGAUUCCAAGAGCCUGAUAGCAUUCUGGUCCUUCAAAGCCUCCCUGGCAAGCAGUUACCAUCACACAAGUCCAUGCUUUUUGUGCCUCGGAGAGACCCCAGUCGAGAACUUUGGGAUGGCCCGCGAUCUGGCACUGAUGGAGCAGUAGCUCUCACUGGAGUGGAUGAAGCCUAUACGCUAGAAGAAUUUCAACAUCUCAUACCCAAGCUGAAAGCUGAGACAAACACAGUGUGGUAUGACUGGAUGAGGCCCUCUCAUGCACAGCUUCACUCUGAGUACAUGCAGCAUCUCACUGAGGCCAAAACCAGGAGCAAGAACAAGGUGCGGAGUGUCCGGCAGUUGGUACAGCGCCUCCGGCUGAUCAAAUCUCCUGCAGAAAUUGAACGAAUGCAGAUUGCUGGGAAACUGACAUCACAGGCUUUCAUAGAGACCAUGUUUGCCAGUAAAGCCCCUGUGGAGGAAGCCUUUCUUUAUGCUAAGUUUGAAUUUGAGUGCCGGGCUCGUGGUGCAGAUAUCUUAGCCUACCCCCCUGUGGUUGCUGGUGGUAAUCGGUCAAACACUUUGCACUAUGUGAAGAAUAAUCAACUCAUCAAGGAUGGGGAAAUGGUGCUUCUGGAUGGAGGUUGUGAGUCUUCCUGCUAUGUGAGUGACAUCACCCGUACCUGGCCCGUCAAUGGCAGGUUCACCGCACCUCAGGCAGAACUCUAUGAAGCUGUUCUAGAGAUCCAGAGAGAUUGUCUGACCCUCUGCUCCCCUGGGACAAGCUUAGAGAACAUCUAUAGCAUGAUGCUGACACUGAUAGGACAGAAGCUUAAAGAGUUGGGGAUCAUGAAGAACAUUAAAGAAAACAGUGCCUUCAAGGCCGCUCGAAAAUACUGCCCUCAUCAUGUUGGCCAUUACCUUGGGAUGGAUGUGCAUGACACUCCAGACAUGCCCCGUUCCCUCCCUCUACAGCCCGGUAUGGUAAUCACCAUUGAGCCAGGCAUUUAUAUUCCAGAGGAUGACAGAGAUGCCCCAGAGAAGUUUCGGGGCCUUGGUGUACGAAUCGAAGAUGAUGUAGUGGUGACUCAGGACUCACCUCUCAUCCUGUCUGCAGAUUGUCCCAAAGAGAUGAGUGACAUCGAACAGAUAUGCAGCAGGGCCUCUUGACUGUCACUUCAGCCAACAUGCGUCUCAGGUGCAAGAUUGCACCCCUGCACAUGUGCUUUCUGAGUGUCUCUGCGUGUACAUUUAUACCUUCAUUCCAUUUGGGA